AUGGCAUCGUCAACAAACCAGUACAUUCGCCAGAUCCUGCACCAUAGCGAGGCGCCGCCUCCGGUGAAAGCCCGCUUCUUCUACACCUCUCCGCUAGCCAUAGACGAUCCGCUAUCACCACUGCCGCCUUCAGCCCAGACUGCUCAGACGACGUAUGCAAAACUACCUCCUCGGCCGUUUUCCGAAUUUGACAACACCGUUCUCGACAAGGCAUGGCAUAAUCUCCGGCAUAAGCUUCUCCGAUACAACGAGGAGCGGGGCGAGAAGCAGAAGGAUCCUCAGCCAAGUGGCAGACAAGAGAAGGGCAAGCAGACAGAACUAGGCCUACCAAAUACCAAAUCCUCUACCCAUCGGCCAGCUUCAACCAGCGAUGCAUCAACGAGGAGCAACAGACUUGCCGACAUAUACGAGGCACCUGCCAUACCGCCAGAGGCAGAGGCUCACGAUACGACUGGUACCCCGUUCAUUCGUGCUCCUUCAGCACGAAAACUUGAUCGAAUUCCACAUAGACCUCAGCCUAAGCCGCUAGACAGCUAUCAGUGGGACGAUCCUUCAAAUGCACCCAAGCAGCCUGUCAAGCCGCGCGCCGACCCAGAAGCUCCUUCUGCAAAAAUAGCUGUCGGCGUAUCGCGGCUGCACCAUGUAGCUAUGCCAGACCUCAACUUGGAGCCCAUUUACUGGCGUCCAGUCAACGAUGUCUCUCCUGUUGUGCGUGCUACUUGGUUCUACAAGGAUACUAUGCUUCCGGUCGAACCUCCUGUGGCCAACAUGCUCGAAGCGGGUUACACCGAGCUACAGCCCUGGACCGAAACUUGGAACGACGAGCUCAACAGUGCUAUUGAGGUUGGAGCUGCUGGAGAAGCCAAAAUUUUGCACAAGCUCUGGCCUGAUUUGUUUAAGCGGUUGGAGAGUAGACCAAACCCUGCCAGGGCUGAGAUGGGUAGUAUGACCUCCGUCAACUUUGAUGAUGAGCCCUUCUCAGCCGAGAAGGAGCGUGACCAUAUCGUUGAAGUUGCUUGCGACAUAAUCGACAUCGCUGCAGGUGUGGAUGGGCCGGACAACAAAGCUUCCGGUACAUCGGCGUACUCAUCUGGAGGCGGUCUGCCAAGAUGGUAUUCGACCGCAGGUGUCAUAUAUGCAAACGCAACUGAAGCUCAUAUUCUGAAGCCCAACUUGCAGCCAUCAGCCUAUCACGGUCGCCGCCCCCUUGCGAAUUACAUCCGUAAAGGUCGCAAGCUGGGUAUACCUGUUGUUCGUGGCUUCGACCAAGCAGCCUACGAUCGUCUGUACCCAAUCAAGAAGACCUCUACCGCAACAAAGGCUGAGGAAGGCGUGUCUACUUCACAAUCGGGCGCACCUCCGAAUCGACGACAGAAGUCCGAUCCUGCUCUUGCUCACGCUGAGCGCCCAAAGGUCACUGAACUGGUUUUGGUGAUUCAUGGUAUUGGCCAGAAGCUUUCAGAACGUAUGGAGAGUUUUCAUUUCACACAUGCAAUCAACGCAUUUCGCCGAGAGGUCAGCGUUGAGCUUGGUACAGACAGUGUGAAAGCUCGUCUGAGGAAGAACAUGGGCGGCAUCAUGGUUCUGCCAGUCAACUGGCGCCAGAGUCUUUCUUUUGAGGAUGGCCAAAGAGACGUCCCCGAUGACCCGGCACUGAACGAUUUCGGACUCAAGGAUAUCACUCCAGAGACCUUGCCCUCCGUACGCAAUAUUGUGUCUGAUGUUAUGCUUGAUGUUCCUUACUAUCUGUCCGAUCACCAGCCCAAGAUGAUCGCUGCCGUGAUUGCAGAGGCCAAUCGUAUCUACAAGCUUUGGUGCUUGAACAACCCUGGUUUUGCUCAGUAUGGGCGAGUACACAUUAUUGCGCACUCGCUGGGCAGUGUCAUGGCGGUUGACAUUUUGUCAAAACAGCCAACAUCGAUACCUCCUGAACUGACAGACCCCACCACGGUUGAUCUGAACUCUUCGCCACUGGAUCAUUUCCUCUUUGAUACCUCUGGUCUGUUCUUGUGUGGCUCGCCAGCCGGGUUCUUCUUGCUUCUGAAGCGAGCCUCUCUGAUUCCACGUCUGGGCAAGCAGAAGCCAGGAGCGAACUUGUCAUCGAUAAGAAAGCCGAUCUGUGGAAGCCAAGGAACAUAUGGCUGUCUGCCUGUAGACAAUAUCUACAAUAUCGUGAACCCCUACGAUCCAGUGUCGUACCGUCUCAACGCCACAGUCGAUGCUUCAUAUGCGGCAUCACUCAAAGCGGCAUGGGUACCCACAGCUAGCUCAGGAUGGUUCUCGUCAUCUGGGUCAUGGUUCUACUCGUCACCUGAAGGAGCAUCGACCACUCGUCCAGACCAGAUGCCUAGAUUACCUUCGAAUGUCGAGCUCGAGACUCACAACUUCUCACGAGAAGAGAUUGCCGAGCAGCGGAUGCUACUGCUGAACGAUAACGGACAGAUUGACUUNUUCCUUAAGUAUGGAGGUGGACCGCUCGAGAUCCAGUACUUGACGAUGCUGGGAGCACACAGCAGCUACUGGCUUCUCAAAGACUUUGUUCGGAUGAUUGUUCUGGAAUGUGGCAGGGGGCUUGGCAGGGAUGGAACAAUAUUGGGCAUGAGAGCGACUAAGAAGAAAGCACAAUUGACCACAUGA